UCUCUCUCGUGAAUCUUCCCUCACUGCGUUUAGUAUAGAUUAUCUGGAGCAUAUCUUCCAAGAAAGCAAUCUCUCUACGCAGAGAGAAAGCCCUCCCUCUAUGAGAAAAAUGAAAUAUGAUUACUACGCUUGCAUGGAGCUCUCCUGGAAUGAUCAGCUAAAAUUCCAUCCGUUUUGGGUUCUCCUACUUUCAUCUUUCGGAUUCCUCUCUAUUUCUAAAUGCUUCUUGUCUUUUCUCAAAUGGGUUUUUAUCACAUUCCUCAGACCUCCCAAGAAUCUCAACAACUAUGGCUCGUGGGCUCUCAUCACCGGACCCACCGACGGAAUCGGGAAAGCCUUUGCACUUCAGUUAGCCCAAAAGGGCCUGAAUUUGAUACUGGUCGGUCGAAAUCCUAACAAACUGAAAACAGUUUCGGAUGCAGUCCGAACAGAAUUCAAGACGACCCAAAUCAAGAAGGUGGUCGUUGAUUUCGCCGGAGAUGUUUCAGAUGGGAUUCAAAGAAUUCAGAAAGAGAUUGAGGGGUUGGAAGUCGGGAUUCUGAUAAAUAAUGCAGGGGCUACGUACCCGAAUGCAACGUUCUUUCAUGAGGUGGAUGAAGAUGUGUGGAAGGGUCUGAUAAAGAUCAAUGUAGAAAGCAUGUUGAAGAUUACAAAGGUUGUUUUACCCGGGAUGCUCCAAAGGAAGAAAGGAGCGAUCGUUAAUAUCGGGUCGGCUGCUUCCGUUGUUAUACCUUCGCACCCUCUUUAUGCCAUCUACGCCGCUACAAAAGGGUUCGUUGAUCAGUUCUCAAGAAGUAUCUAUGUUGAAUACAAGAAGAGUGGUAUCGAUGUGCAGUGCCAGGUUCCCUUGUACGUGGCAACGAAAAUGGUAUCCUUCAAGAGAUCAUCGUUUUUCGUUCCGUCUCCAGAUGCGUAUGCUCGAGCUGCCAUCCGCUGGAUAGGCUACGAACCACUAUGCACGCCCUACUGGCGGCAUUCUCUUCAGUGGUGUUUGGUUUCUUUACUGCCAGAGACCGCCAUCAGCGAGUGGCGUUUGCAACAUGGCAUUCGCAUGAGAGGAGACCUGAAAGCUUCGAAAUGAUCUCUUCUUUUUUUCUUUUCUUUAUUUCUUUACUAUUAUAUAUUAUUAUUAUUUAGGUAUUAGUCCAUCGUAAGAGGAAAUGUUGCCUUCAAGAUUUACAGUUCAAAUGUAUUUGAAGUGAUCCUUUGUUUACUAUUUGAACCAUUUCAUUAACAUACCUAGUUAAUUUA